GAGUGAGCCAUCUGCUCCACCCCCGCAGGUGGAAGGUAGGCUGCACGCCUCAUGCUGUCUGACUGAGACUCCUCCUUCGCAAAGCCCGAGGCCGCAGGUAUCGGCAGCCUCUCGGGUAAAAUUCUCCUUGCUGCUUGGAACGUAUUCCCUUUUUUACCUGUUUAUUGUGCGUUCAAGUCGGAAGAUAUGGCGGUAGACCUGGUAACAAUCGUGUUGCUUCUGGGAAGGAUGUUAGGCAGUGUUGCAGGGUCUUGUUCUUCUGGAAAUGCAGACACUUGUGAAGACUGCCUGAAACUCGGACAUCAAUGCGCUUGGUGUUUUCAAGAGGACUUCAAUGUUGAUUUAAAUUCCGGUGGAAGGUGCGGCGCCCUCGACGACCUCUUACGGCAAGGGUGUUCUGUGGAGUUUAUCGAGUUCCCAGUUAGCCACGUUCAUAUUAUAAGUAACCAGACUUUAAGCUUGAGUCGACAAAAGGGGGACGAGAAAAGGAUACAAAUGUCUCCCCAAAAACUCAUACUUAAUCUGCGACCAGGUAAUCAGGUGACAUUCGAAGUGGAUGUGCGCCAGGCUGAAGAUUAUCCAGUUGACCUCUAUUAUCUAAUGGAUCUCUCUGCCUCUAUGGUUGAUGAUCUAGCCAGAAUUAAAGAACUGGGCUCCUCGUUAUCCAAGGAGAUGGCCAAAUUAACCAGCAACUUUAAACUAGGCUUUGGCGCAUUCGUAGAAAAGCCAGUGUCUCCUUAUAUCAAAACAACACCGGAUGAUUUAAUUAAUCCCUGCUGGACUAUGUAUGCGCAUUGCUUGCCCGCAUUUGGGUAUAAGCACAUGCUCUCGCUGACUGAAAACACCAUAAAAUUUAAUGAAGUUGUUCAAAAUCAACAGAUUUCUGCAAAUCUAGAUACACCCGAAGGAGGAUUUGAUGCCAUAUUACAAGCCACUGUGUGUAAGGAAAAAAUCGGUUGGCGAAAUGAUUCCUUGCACUUAUUGGUAUUUGUGAGUGAUGCUGAUACGCACUUUGGAAUGGACAGCAAGUUGGCUGGUAUUGUUGUUCCUCAUGAUGGAAAAUGCCAUUUAGACAGCCAGAACAUAUAUGCCAAGACAAGAGCAAUGGAAUAUCCUACACUUGGACAGCUAAUAGAAAAGCUUCUUGAAAAUGAUAUCCUGUUAAUAUUUGCUGUGACGCAAGAGCAGUUGAGUAUAUACAAGAAUUAUGCCAAACUUAUACCCGGUGCUACAGUGGAAACUCUCGCAAAUGAUUCUAGAAAUAUCCUUCAGUUGAUAAUUAAAGCAUAUAAGGAGCUACGAUCUGAGGUGGAACUGGAAGUUACUGGGGAUACAGAAGGGGUGCAAUUUGUAUUCACGGCUAUCUGCCAAAACGGCACUGUCUUCCCCGGAGAAAAGAAAUGUUCUCAUCUCUACAUCGGAGAGAAGGUUUCCUUCAACAUGACUGUUGAGUUGACUGAAUGCUUGAAGGAACCUAAGCAUAUUGUGGUAAAACCUCUAGGAUUCCAAGAUACGCUGGAGAUUGAAGUACGGUCUGCCUGUAGGUGUGGCUGUCAAACAAAUGCAGAGCACAAUAGUUCACGAUGUAAUGACAGUGGCUCUCAUCAGUGUGGUGUGUGCAUUUGCAAUGCUGGACGAUUUGGGCCUCAUUGUGAAUGUGCGGAGGAAAGUAUAAACUUUAGCAUCUGCAAGUAUAGUGCAGAGAACAUUUCCUGCAAUGGUCGUGGUGACUGCUACUGUGGGCAGUGUGCCUGUUAUCCAUCUGAGUUUGGGCAGAUUUAUGGUACCUACUGUGAAUGCGAUAACUUCUCCUGUGUUCGAUCUAAUGGGCUUCUGUGUGGAGGGCAUGGAUCAUGUGACUGUGGGGAAUGCCAUUGUGACCAAGGAUGGAUGGGUGAAUAUUGUAACUGCACCACAAGCACAGACUUGUGUAUUUCCAAAACUGGAAAACUAUGUAGUGGGCGUGGCGAGUGCAAAUGUGGAAAAUGUGUCUGCUCACAUUCCGGAGCCUCUGGAGAUAGAUGUGAAAAGUGCCCAACUUGUUCUGAGCUCUGCUCUUCUAAGCGAAGCUGUGUUGAAUGUCACCUUUCUAAGGUGGAUGGAUCAACAGAUGAAUGCCAAGAGAAAUGCCUGCUCGUUGAUUCUACUGUCAAUCAAACCGCAGACUUUGAAGAAAACCAAGCUACUUACUGUACUUUGAAAAGCAGCAAUGACUGUAAAAUGUCAUUUCGUUUAUUUAAAUAUGAAAAUGGAGAAUCGCUUCUUUUUGACCUUGAACAAUACGAAUGUCCUUUGCCACCAAAUGUUUCUAUGAUAGUUUUGGGAAUUUCUUUGGCUAUCCUUGUUGUUGGAUUGGCAAUUCUGUUUAUCUGGAAAAUGCUAAUAUCCAUCCAUGACCGCAAAGAGGUAGCCAAAUUUGAAGCGGAACGAGCAAAGGCUAAAUGGCAAACGGGCACAAACCCACUUUACAGGGGUUCAGUUUCCACAUUUAAAAAUGUGACCUACAAACAUUAUGAAAAAAAGGAAUUUACUACAUUUAAGAAUUAAUCAUUAAUUUAUUGGAAAAUAAUUGUGCUUUUUGAUGCAUGCACAGAUGACAGGCUUUCGUGUUAGAGAAAAUCAUUACAUGGCACAUCCAUUCCUUCCUGUAAUUAAGAGGUGGGCUAGUCACUUGUAUUUGUAGAUAAAUAUCAACUUAACAAGUAUGGUAGAUGGAUAAUUAUAGAUGAAUCCAAUUAACUAUUAUAUUUUCCUUAUUGUAUGGUAUUAAUAUUUUGAAAGAUGCAAGAAAACCUAUUUGGAUUUAGAGUAUUAAGGUAACCACAGGAAAGGAACUACAUGGAUAUGUAAUCAUUUUGCCACAGAAACUCCACAGUAGUUCUGCUGACCUCUAGAGCUGACAGUGUGCCUACGGCUGCACAGUUUUCUUCGAGGUGCUUGGAUUUCGUCCUGCUCCCAAAAGAUGUUUACGUUGGUAGGUUAAUUAGCCGCAGUAAAUUUGUGUGGAGAAGUGGUAGAAUCACAAAGGAAUUGAUAGGAAUGUGUGGAGAAUGGGAAUCAGUGCCAGAUUAUGUUAAAAGAGUUCCUGAUUGUCAGAAACAUGAGAAGAUCUGUAGAUGCUAGAAAUCCAAAGCAACACACACACAAAUCGCCGGAGGAACUCAGCAGGUCAGGCAACGUCAAUGGAAAAGAGUAAACAGUCAACGUUUCAGGUGAGACCCUUCAGCAGGAGUCCUGAUGAAAGGUCUCAGCCAAAAACAUCAACUGUUUACUUUUUUCCAUAGAUGUUGCCUGGCCUGCUGAGUUCCUCCAGCAUUGUGUGUGUGUGUUGCUUCUGAUAGUCAGUGCAGAUUGGGCAUCCUUGUGGUACUAGUCCAAGAACAAUAAGUUAUAAGAAAAUGUUGGGAAUGGGAGCAGAUUUUAUUUUGCAUAUCACGUUUUUGGGGAAAGAUAUGUUAAUUCGAUAAGGGUGAAUUUCUGUCGCCUGAACAAUUGCAGCACAGGGGAAGCAGCAGUCAUAGAAAUCUAUGAAACCUUACACUGCAACAUUGCUAAUAUGAGAUCAAAAUAUCUUCUCCGAGCAUCCAAGACGAGUUAGGUGGCUACCAAUAUACUUAAGAUUGAACUAUAGUCCGCUGAAUUACUCAGUAUAAAUUAGAACCAUAAAUCAAAAAUUGAAUGAUAAAGAAUAGAUAAUUGAAAUCGGAAAACAAAAACAAUGAGGGGAAAGAAAGAUUGAAUUAACAGCGAAAAAUGAAACUAAAACUAAUGAAAAAUGUAUUUUUAUUUAUCAACAUCUAAUAGAAGCUAAAGAAAUGAGGUGCUGUAUGUAUAACCGUAAUGGUAAAUUUUCAAUGCUAGAAUGAUUGGACAGAACUUUAAAGAAAACUUUAAUGUAAAUUAUCAACUGACAUGGACAAGUCACAAUGUUUUAUAUUAUUUCAAUUGUGAGUUAGAUAUUCAGUUUUUUUUACACAUUUCAAACACCAAGUUAUGAAUUGUGUUUAUCAGCAGUCAGUUCAUGCAUAAAUAGUAAAUGGUUGGAUUCAACAUGAUUGUCAGAGGAAAUAUUAGUUUAACAUUCUUCAAAUUACUGUGGAAGUAAGUAUAAAGCAGGGAAUCUCAAAUGCUCAGAACAGUAACAUAAAAAUUAGCAUUUUUGGUUGGUAGUAUACAAGUGAUUUUCGAAGAUAUACUAAAUAUAUGCAAAAAGGAAUACUGUGUGUAUUUAAUAUUUUAGUAACAUUUGACUAAUUUUGUAAGUAUUUUGUUUGAUUUGGCAUUCUUUGCUGUUUAUGUAAUUAUUAUGUUUAUAUGUAAAAAUACGUGAAUUGCUUAAGUCAUGGCAGUACCACAUGAUAAUGUGCCUACCUCACUUAAAGUAAACACGAAGUUAGACUCACA